AUGCUUCCCUUUGGCUCGGUCCUUGGUGCUUGCGAGGCAAUACGCUCGCCUUUUGCUUCGGCGCUCGGUGCCGUGCGUACCGCCACAAAGCGAGCUGGAGGGUCCGUGCGCAACCACGGUGGUUCGCCGGGUAAGCGAUUGGGCGUAAAGAAGUUCUCAGACCAGUGGGUUAUCCCGGGGAAUAUCAUCGUGCGCCAGCGCGGUACGCAAUUCCACCCCGGACAACACGUCAAAGUGGGCCGCGACCAUACUCUCUAUGCUACCGCCCCCGGAUUCGUUCGCUUCUACAAGACGAAAUGGAUGAACGGCGAGCGCAAAUUUGUUGGCAUCGCACUCACUCGUGAUGAGAAGCUCCCGCGGGACGAGGAGUCUUAUGGUCGCAGUCGAUUCUUCGGCAUGGUCGACUUGAAUCAAUUCAAGGAGCCAGCUUCCGCACACCCGCCAGCAUCAGCAUGA